AAAAUCAACUGCCUUAAUUAUUAUUUCUUUCUGUCUGCUAGUUCUUUCUAGAAGGUGGAAACCAAGAAUUAUGUUCCGAUAGGAUAAAUUUGAUAUAUCUCUCUUCCCUCCUCUGUUUCACUUAUCACUCUCUGUUUUGUUUGUGCUCUGCUCUUCUUACUAGUGAAAGUCGAAUUUUUUUUUUUUUUAAUUAUCGGUUAGAGAAAUCCUCUCUAGACAAGUGAAAAGACCCAAAACCAUUAAAUCUUUCGUCCAAAAAUCGCAUGUUUGUGUUGAAACCAAGAAAACUUAGAAAAUUUUCUGGCUUCUGUCAUUAAAAAAAAAAAUAAAAUUGUUCCUCUUUUUUUCCCUCGUUUCCUCGUACUUCCCUUUGUUUUUCUUUCUAAGUUGGCGUGAAAUUUAGGUGUUUUCAACUUGAUUUGGCAGGUUUUGCGUAGUGGGUUUUUGGAUUUAACUAGAGAAAUUAAACGUUGAAUGGUCGUGACUUUUUGCCAAAGGAGAACAAAAUUGUUUCUUCAUUGUUGAUCAAAGCAGAGUAGGCUUGAGUUUUUCUUUUGAGUUUAAAAGACAGAGAAAAAAAAAAACUCAACAAAAAAAGAGUGGAAUUCCCUUUUAUUUUCGAUUGUUGUUUCAUUCUUAGUUUUUCUGAGAAAGGGUAAUCCAAGUCCAUCUGUGAACGGGAAAGAUUUGAAUUAGACAACAUUGUCUACUAGAUUACUACCAACAAGGAUUAAAAAUAAAUAAAUAAACAAAGACUUGUUGGAAUUGGGAGAUAUUUAUUUAUAUUUUCUCUCCUUUUCUGUUUCCUUAAAUUUAGCUGUCAAAUCGUUAAAAUUUAGAAUUUCUCUUUAGACACAAAUUUGCGUUAUCAAACCAAAUCGCGACAAUUUCUCUCUUCCCUUCUCCGUCUAUCCCCUUCUCCUUCUCCUCUUUCUUUUUCUCCUCUGUUUUCUUCUACUUCCUCUGUUUUCAGGGUUGAGGUAGGGAGAAACCAAUCUCUCACUCCCUCUCUCUCUCUCUCUCUUCCUUGUUGGAAUCAUGAUUUUUGUCAAAGGGUCAACGCAUUCAAACCUCGAGUGCUUUCUCCAUUGCACAACACCAACAGGCAAAUCCCAAUUCCUUCCCAAGAGUGAGAUUAGAAACCUUAAUCGUUUAUGGCACCCUUGGGAGAGAGAAAAGGUUGAAUAUUUCACAUUGGGUGAUCUUUGGAAUUGUUAUGAUGAAUGGAGUGCGUAUGGGGCUGGAGUUCCCAUUGUUUUGAACAACAGCGAAACCCUAGUCCAAUACUAUGUUCCUUAUCUCUCUGCCAUUCAAAUCUUUACCAGCAAUCCUUCAGUCAACAGAUUAAGGGAAGAGACAGAAUCGGGUGAUGGCGAGAGGGAAUCUUUUAGUGAUUCAUGCAGUGAUGAGAGCGAGAAUGACAAGCUAUGGAGAUGGGACGGAUGCUCUUCGGAGGAAGGAGGGUCCGAGCAAGACAGCCUUUCGCAUGUGAAUGAUAGGUUGGGUUACCUUUGCUUUCAGUAUUUCGAGACAUCAACUCCUUAUGGAAGAGUUCCACUUAUGGAUAAGAUUAAUGGAUUAUCUCGAAGAUACCCUGGUUUGAUGUCAUUGAGGAGCGUAGAUCUUUCUCCAGCUAGUUGGAUGGCAGUUGCUUGGUACCCAAUUUACCACAUUCCCAUGGGAAGGACCAUAAAGGACUUGUCCACUUGCUUCCUUACCUACCACACUUUAUCAUCUUCUUUCCAAGAUAUGGACCCGGAGGAUGACAUUGACAGUCCGGAGAGGAAGCGAAAGGAAGGGGAGAGCAUCUCUCUUUCGCCAUUUGGUUUGGCCACUUACAAGAUGCAAGGAGGAAAUGUGUGGGUCUCGGGCAAUUAUGGACGGGACCAAGAAAGAUUACUGUCGCUUCUAAGCGUGGCAGAUUCUUGGCUAAAGCAACUUAGGGUCCAGCACCAUGACUUCAACUACUUCACGGGGAUUCGACGUGGCUAGACAUAAUUCCUUGCAGUAUUUUUCUGUGAGAACCCCACGGAAAUGACUGAUCACUAAUUAUAAAAAAAAAAAGAAAAACCCUCUUUUCGGGUUUUUAGAUUAUUUGGUUUUGUGCUAGGAGUAAUAGGGACUUAAUCUUUUGAGGAGUGUGGUUGGCACUUGUUAUCAAAACCCUGUCAACGGCUCAUUCUGAGACCAGCCUUUAAGGAUUUCAUUAGAGGGUGUAUGUGAAUUGAGAUUACCCUUAUUUUUGUAGCAUUUAAAGCUAGUUUGUGGGCUUUGGGCGAGGUUUGAGCGGUAGAUAAAGUGAGGCUCUUAAAUUUUGAGACUUAAUUUUGGAUUGUAUGAUACCUUCUUUCGACCAUAAUGAACCCAAUGUAGAAGUGGAAAGUGCCUCCACAGUUUCACAA